AUGCAAAGAUUAAUUCCAGUAAUUAAUAGUUUACAAGACGUCUUUACAGCUGCAGGUCUUCCAAACACAUUACCUCUUCCACAAAUUGUUGUUGUUGGAUCACAGUCAUCUGGAAAGUCUUCAGUAUUAGAACAUGUUGUUGGAAAAGACUUUCUUCCUCGAGGUUCUGGUAUUGUUACUCGACGACCACUUAUUGUGCAAUGUGUUAGAAGUAAUGUUGCUGAAGACUAUGGACAAUUUGAACAUACAGGUGAUCGUAAAUUUACAGAUUUUGGAGAAAUAAGAAAUGAAAUUACAAGAGAAACUGAACGUACUUGUCCUGGUAGAAAUGUUUCAAGUGUACCAAUUAGAUUAAGAAUAUAUUCAUCUUCUGUUGUUGAUUUAACAUUAGUUGAUCUUCCAGGUUUAGUAAAAGUUAAUAUUAAUGGACAAACAGCAGAAAUGGUUAAAAAUUUAAGAGAUAUGGUUUAUGAAUAUGCAUCACCAAGUAAUGCUUUAAUUCUUGCUGUUACUGCUGGGAAUAUUGAUAUUGCAAAUUCUGAUGCCCUUCAAGUUGCAAAAGAUGUUGACCCAGAAGGAGAAAGAACUAUUGGUGUAUUAACUAAACUUGACUUAGAAGAUAAAGGAACUAAUUCAAUGGAUGUUUUAAUGGGAAGAGUAUAUCCAUUAAAACUUGGAUAUAUAGGAGUGGUUAAUAGAUCACAACAAGAUAUUAAUAAUGGGGUAGAUGUUAAAACUUCAUUAAGACAUGAAAAAGAAUUUUUUGAAAAUCAUCCAGUAUAUUGUUCUAUUGCUGAACGAAUGGGUACAGAAUAUAUGGUAAAUAGACUUAACGUUCUUCUUCUUCAACAUAUUCAAAAAUGUCUACCUGGAUUAAAACAACAAAUUAAUCAAUGUUAUGAAAAGGCAAGAUCAAGAUAUGAAGACAUUAAACCAGAUGAUGAAAAUCUUCUUUCAUUAUCACUUCAACAGAUUAUGAAAUUUUCUGGUUCUUUUGCUGCUGCAUUAAAUGGAACUGAUACUAAUAUCCAUACCCAUGAAAUUUCUGGAGGUGCAAAGAUCUUUAGUGUGUUUGAAAAUAACUUUAGACCAACUAUUGAUAAUCAAGACAUUCUUUCUGGAAUUAAAGAUGUUGAUAUUUUAACAGCUAUUAAAAAUGCAAGUGGAACUCGACCAUGUCUUUAUGUACCACAAAGUGCUUUUGAAAAUCUAAUUUCUAAACAAGUUAGAAAUUUCGAAGGUACUUGUCAUAAUUGUGUUGAUAAUGUUUAUAGAGAAAUGAAAGUUAUUGUAGGUAAAAUCGCUAAAGACAAUAUUGAAAAAUAUGAUAGAUUUAGAGAAGCACUUAUUCAAGCAUCAACUGAAGUAAUGAAUGAUUAUAUGACUCAAACACAUAGAAUGGUACAAGACCUUAUUGAUAUUGAGGCAGACUAUAUUAAUACAAGUCAUCCGGAUUUUGAUACAACUAAAGUAUUAAAAGAAGCUGAUGAUGCUAUGAAAACUCCACAAGAUGGAAUUGAUACUGUCGUCACCAUUGACCCAAAUAACACAAAGAACGUACAACAAUAUGAGGCUAAAAAACCAGUAAAAUCAAGUUUCUUUGCUGGACAAAUUAACAAAAAUCAAGCUAAACCACAACAACAACACGUUCCAAAAGAAAGUAUAACAACCAGUAUUAGAGUAGAUCAUACUAAUCAAAGAGAAAUGAGAGAAAUUAAUUUGAUUAGAAAUUUAUGUAAAGAUUACCUUCUUAUUGUUAGAAAAAGUAUUAAAGAUCUUGUUCCAAAAGCUGUCAUUCACUUCUUAGUAUUUAAAACAAGAGAUAGUUUACAAAAAGAGUUAAUUAAAAAAUUAUAUAAUGAAGCUUUAUUACAAGACCUUCUUGCAGAAAAUCCUGCUAUUGUUAAUGAAAGAAAAGUUGUCAAACAAAAUCUUGAAGCACUUAAAAAGGCAUUAGAUAUUAUUAAUCAAGUAAGAGAUCAAUGCUUCUAA